UGGGGGCAAUAUCAAACAGCCCCACUCUCUCCCAUCGUUAAAACCAUUUAUUGCUUGUGAGAAAAAACCAAAUGCUAAAAAGCGCAGCAUCUCUCCUCUUUCUCAGCUCAUACUCCUCCGCCAACAUUGUAUUGUAAUCUGAACAAGAUGCCCCGCCCAGGUCCCAGACCGUACGAGUGCGUGCGCAGAGCUUGGCACAGUGAAAGGCACCAGCCCAUCAGAGGUCUCGUUAUCCAACAGAUUUUCAGACUCGUACACGAUAAUCACUCCGCUGCAACUAAAAAGAAUAAAGAAUGGCAAGAGAUGCUCCCUAUUGUGGUGUUAAAAGCUGAGGAAAUCAUCUACUCCAAAGCCAACUCUGAGGCUGAAUACUCGAAUGUUGAGACGCUAUGGGACCGAGUGAAUGAUGCCGUCGACACAAUUAUUAGGAAAGACGAGAGCACGGAGACUGGGGAGCUUCUGCCUCCCUGUGUUGAAGCUGCACUUAACCUAGGGUGUGUACCGGUAAGGGCAUCGAGGAGCCAAAGGCACAACAAUCUGAGGACUUACCUCAGACCGUCCUAUGAGGAAUGCAACAAUAGCUUGUCUCCGAGGUUCCUAAAUGACAAUGUGAAUGAACGAAAUCUUGAUUUGCUGCCCACCCAAGCCACCAGUAGGUCGAUGAUCAAGAUGUCCCAACAUGUGGAUUCGUCCCGUUUAGUUUGGGAUUCUAACAAGCGAGUCAUACCCAACAGUACUAACCAGCACCACAUUGCUUCUUCAUUUGAGACGAAGAAGCUUCAUUGUAUUGGCAGUAGUAAUGCUUCGCUUAGUAGAAGCUCGGUGUACCCCUUGUACUAUGGGAUGACAUUCAAACCCGAGGUUCGUCAGUUGGGCUUUCACGGAGCUCAAAAGUCGGAUUCUGUAAUUAUUGGUGUGCCGGUAUUUUCAUCACCUGCUGAACCUGCUUCCGAAGUUGGUUGCUUACAGAAUCUAUUCCCAUAUGGCGAGGAUAAGUUUUUUGGGAAGCGGACAUGUGACCUUGCUUCCAAGGUUAGCAAAGGGAAGGGAACUCAUGCCGGCUUUGACUUGGACCUGAGGUUGGGACUAUUUUCUGAUUCGAAUUCGAGCAGGGAAAAGGCCUCUGGUUUCGUUACUGAUAGCCUUGGUCGUAGGCUAUCUUCGUAUGAAGGCCUUCCCGUGGAGAAGGAAUUCCCUUUCUUUCCUAUGAAGCCUGCUCAUAACACAACGUGGUUGAAUAGAAGUAAGCGGAACGAAGAGAGUGAGAGUCAGAAUGCGGACUUAGUUUCUAGGAAGCGUAGGCAAUCGGUUAGUGGAGAUUUAGGAAAUGAUCAAUUUUUCUGGUCACAGGAUUCAACUAACCAUUUUGUUGGUCAAAUGAGAAGACCUGGUAUGUAGAAAUUUGCAUUUCUCAUUGUUUGUAUCGCGAAAUUAUAUCUUUUCAAAAGAAAAUGGAAAAAAAAAUUGUAGAUUGCAUCUA